UAAAAAGCAGUAUUUCUACCUCAUUAUUUCCAAAAUAAAUUUCAAAGUGUACUAGAAGACGAAUUUAUCUGAUCAUAAUGGUACUCUAUGCAAAAGUUGGUAAUAAUGGCGAUUUCCGGCGAUUUUCGUUACGAAUGUUGGCUACUCUAAAGUCUGACAACUCGGCACUCCUGUCACCGGUUGUUCGUGGUUAGAUUAGUUGGCAACAUAUCAGCGCCCUUAGGGCUUAAUUAAUAAAUCUUAUUACUGUUUACAAGUUACCGGUUACUGUACUACUAUGACUGUUACUACUGGAAUAUCUUUCAUUCUGGCUUCUAUAAGUUCAGUGUUGAUUUUUUCGGGGAUGCAGAUGUACAGACCUUGGCUUAGUUCAUCACAGUUACACACACUCUUAGGGGGUUAUUUGGGAUCCAUAUUUUUCGUUCUGUCUUUGACAGCAGUAGGAAAUUUAGAGAAUGUUGUUUUUGGGAAAUCAUUCCAGGUUAAGGUCUUCCCUGAAGUACUGUUUUGUUUACUUCUGGCUUUGUUCACUUCUGCUACAGUUCAUCGUGUCUGUGCCACGUCUUGCUUAUUAAUUUCCCUGUGUGCUUUAUUUUAUAUGAAUAAGUAUUCACAGAAAGUACACACCAUACCUGUACCUUCAGUGCCAGUACAGACUGGCAAGAAGAAGAAAAACGUGUCAUAAAAAUUAAAAGUUGUAAUUCAGUUUUCUGUUAUAAUUUUUUUGUACACACAAUAAAACAAUCAAUAUUAAAAAACAAA